ACGCGGACAACCAUGAAGCUCAGUCUCGCCUUUGCCUUGGCCACUGCUGCCGUUUCGACCGUCUCGUCUGCCAUCUGCAAGGGCAUCGCACCCCCGUCGUACACGGACGCCGUGAAAACCAACCCGCAGUUCGCGCCGGCCAUCAACAUGAUCAAGCAGUACCCGGUCGCCAACUGGUAUGUCGACUGCGGCAGUGACGCGAUCGAUGCGCUUCUGGCAUCGUGCCCCAGUGACACGCCUGUCAUCAUCGUCUACGGUCUGCCCGAGAAGGACUGCGCGUCGAGCUACUCAAGCAAUGGCAAGAACAAAAACGCCGACCAGUACAAGGCGUGGGUCCAGUCGUUGGCCAACAAGGUUGGCAACCGCAAGGUCAUCUACAUUCUGGAGCCGGACGCCAUUGGCCUCCUCUCGACUGGCGAUGGCAACAAGUGCGCUGAAAAGUACGGAUACCAAGCCAAUCUCGCCGCGGCCACGAGCAUCCUCUCAGCCAACAGCAACGCGCAGAUUUACGCCGACAUCGCGGGCUGGGCCUUCCAGGGGCCUGCGAUCGAGGCCCUCAAGAAAAUCGGCAAACUCUCGGGUGUCUCAAUCAACACGGCCAACUACAAGAGCACGACCCAGAUGGUCCAAGCCUGCCAGUCGUACUCGAGCCAGACCGGCGGUCUCCACUGCAUCAUUGACACGUCGCGCAACUUUAACGGGUCGCCGCAGAACGAGUGGUGCAACGCGCGGUCGGCCGGGAUUGGCGCGCCGCCGACGGACCAG